UUAUUGGCCUUUAUUCUCACGAUAAAAAUUGCAGUUUGCCAACGGUAAAGCGAAGAAUUGGUCUAUGAUAUUGUGUUUUAUUUUAAUAGCCAAAUCUAACAACGUCGCGACAAACAAAUAAUUUUUCCCAGCUUGACUCGGUUAUGCAUGCCGCAUGCGUGACUUAUCAAGAGUUGUGUCGCUGCGAUAAUGCUCACGAUUAAGCGGUUACGUGUGCAAUGGAUAAAGGCAACUGCAAUCACGAUGCAAUUUUUAUACAUCCUGGCAAUUCCGCACGUAUAAAGAUAGCGGGCUGCAUUCUGCCGCGGAGAUAUCAUCCGCGAAUCGACUCGGCGAGAGCACGCGACUUCCAUCAGACGGUGUAUUAAGACGGCCCGGAUAUGCCCAUCUGUCUUGGCACUGAUCCCACGGGCGCCAUCGAGUACAGGAUCCUCAGCAAGGGUCGGCUCGAGGAAGCGCUCGUUGUGCAGCAGCUGUCGAUGCACCACGAGUGCAUCGCGAUCGGCAUGGGCAUGUACGAGGAGCCCGGCGCCGCCGAGGAAAUGAAGCUCGUGUUCAGGGAGGUCGCCAAGGACGGGUGUACAGUGAUCGCAGUCGAUCAAUCGGACCGUGUCGUCGCCGUGGCGUUCAACAAGUUGUGCACGCCUCCUAAGCCGGGAGAAACGGAUCCCUUGGAAAUUUUCGUCGAGAACAACAUAAAGCAUCGCCCGUGCCGGGAUCUUAUUGAUUUUCUGGGCGAUGUGGAGUCGCGCGUGGACAUCUUCCAGAAAUACAACGCGCGUGGCGCUAUGGAGAUCUUCUACAUAGGUACGGACCCGCGAUAUCAGAGCCGCGGGAUCGGUCGGCAGAUUACGGAUAUGAGUCUCAAACUUGCGCGAGGGUUGCGCGCGAGGAAGGUGAAGCAGAUUUGCAUCGGCAACGAGAUCGUCAACGAGCACGUGCGGCCCGAAGUGGUUUUCGCCGCUGUCGCGUCCACGUUCAGUCAGCGCAUCAUGGACAAGCUGAACUUCGAAACUCUCUUCGAGGCACGUUAUGAGGAUUAUGUACGCGGUGGCAAGAGAAUGUCGGACAGGAUAGGCCCACAGAACCAAACGAUUAGACUGGUCGCUCGCAAGCUUUAACGACGUUCGCAAGCUCGGACUAUUCUGCAAAAUUGCAAAAUGUAUCCUCUAAUUGUCUCAAGAAAAUAAUGACUCCACAUUCUAUGCCAUAAAGUUAAUUUACACAAUAUAACGCGAUAAAUUAUAUAAUAAAUAAUAUAUUAUAUUA